UUCUCACGAACUUUUUUAUGCAGAUCGUGUAGGACUGAGAAUAGGCCAACAUCUAUUUUUUAUACCCAAAUAAUAACGAGCUCACGAUUAAAACUGACUAACUGUGCUGGAUAUCUGAACUACCCUGUGUUUUAUACGAGUGAAAUUAGACACACGGCCUACUUGAUAAGAGAUGAAAUUCAACAAAAAUAAUUUAAAUCUUCCAAUCGAAACAGGCCGUGAAAAACCAUAUACAACGUUGAGACUUUCUAGAUUUCAGUAAGGUGAUGUACACUGUUGAGUUCACACGGCUUCGCUUGGGGAUUUCCAUAUACAAAAAUUUAAUUUUCCAGUUUUUUUUUUCGGAACAAACAGUUGAAAUUUUCUUUUAACUUCAGGACAAGCGUUCUGUCGCUGAGUGUGGUUCGGUGGAAGGCGCACACAAGAAUUGUGCGUCUCGAGUUCAGUCGUUGUUACAACUCGAGUGCGACCGAACUCGCUGCGCUAAUUAUUGAUCAAGAAAAUAAUACACGUUAUACACCAAUCAGUUUUCCAACUUGAUUUAUUACAACAAUGCCACGAACACGCAGGGGGGCUAAUUUGAGUCGUCAAACAAACAGAUCUAGAGGCAUGCAAGAUAGAAGAGCAAUAAGAUCAGAUGCAGAAAGGCAACAAAGUAAUGCAGAUGUCCGUGUAAGAAUGGCGCAGUUACGAGAUGAGCGAAACCAACAAAGACAAUUGGAAUGAAGAGAAGCGCGCAGAUUCGUAGCCAAGAAGCGGUGAACUCCAAUUUCAACAACAACAACGAUGUCGCGUUGGUUCAACAAUUGCUACAACAACUUCAACUGCUGAUUCCUAGAAUCGAGCAUGGUCACGAUUUGGGCAGAUCUUUCCAGAAUUUGGAAAACAAUGGCAACGCCACUGGCAAUGUUAUCGAUAACAAUGUAGCUAAUGAGGAUAUCGAUGACAGCAGCAUUCCCAUCAAUGGCAACGCCACAGUCGAAGCCACCAACCAAUACUCUGGCAACUCAAACGGCGAAUCGAUGGGUAUAGCUUUUUCACUGGCGAAGGAAGUAUUGAUGGACUUCAACGGCGAGUCGUGCUCCAAAAAGUGGGUGGCUCAGCUUAAAAAUAUCGGUGAAGUGUAUAACAUAGACAACACUCACUUACGGAUGCUCUUCGUUUGCAAGAUGAAAGGCAAGGCUCAUUCAUGGCUUCAUUCGGAGGUUACACGUAUUCGCGAGCCACGCAUAAUACUGCUUAUUAUGCGAACAGUUAAUGGCAGCUUUUGGAGAGAAGAUGCCCAAGUCAUCAUGCGUCGUCAUUUCGAACAGCGUAAUUGGAAGUUUGGCGAAAAGUUUGCAGUUUAUCUGGACGACAAACUAAUGUUAGCCAACAAUAUUAACAUCGAUGAAGAGGAGCUCCUUGAUAAAGUUAUCGAGGGUAUACCUGACACGGGAUUACGCACUCAAGCACGGAUCCAAUGUUUCGCCAACCCUAAGCAGAUGUUAGCUAAAGAUGAAAACGAAACUGGCAGAGCAAGCAAGCUCCAACAGAUGCGCUGUCGUAGAUGUAACAUUAGAGGACACCUGGUGAAGGACUGCAACAGGCCGGACCGUGUACCAGGCUCUUGUUUCAUCUGUGGAUCCAUGGAGCAUUGGGCGGCCAAAUGUCCAGAUAGGAAAGGUAGCCGUGAAAGUAAUGGACUCAACCGUACGAACCAGAGCAGCAACAAUUUCUUUCCUUAAUCAAGAAGAAACAUUUACCUAAUCAUUCAUAUCUUUAUUCUGUCGAGCAAUCUUAUCAAGGGCUAAAUGGAAGUCCUCUCAUUAUAUUUGGAAAAUUACUAUGUUACGUUGUGAAAAAUUCAAUAAAGAUUUACUUUUAUUUACUCGUUAUCCCA